CUAUUAUAUGGUGGUACUCUAUAUAUACACACCUCUUCUUGUUUCUAGCAAACCAAAAACAGAACUGUUUCAAAAAUUCUUUACCUAUCAAAUAAGUAACCAUCUACUUCUUCUUCUUCUCUUGAAUGGAUUGGACUAGAGGCCACACCAUAGGCCACGGCUCUUCUGCCGCGGUAUCCGUUGCCAAGUCACGUUUCUCCGAUGACGUUUUUGCUGUUAAAUCAGUAGAGCUAUCCCAGUCGCACUUCUUACAAAAAGAACAGAAAAUUCUGUCCAAAUUGAGCUCACCUUACAUAGUUACCUACAAGGGGUACGAUGUUACAAAAGAGAGCAACAAACUCAUGUUUAAUCUUAUGAUGGAGUACAUGCCUGACGGUACACUUUUUGAUGAAAUCCGGAAACAGGGUGGUCGGAUCAACGAGCCACUGAUCGGGUAUUACAUGAAGCAAAUUCUGCAAGGACUAGAGUACAUACAUACAAGGGGGAUAGUACACUGUGACAUAAAAGGACAGAACAUUUUGUUAGGUAAAACCGGGGCCAAAAUUGCCGACUUUGGUUGUGCCAGGUACGUUGAUCUGGCGGAGAGGGACGGAGGCGCAGAGCCAAUUGGUGGAACGCCGAUGUACAUGGCACCAGAGGUGGCACGUGGGGAAGAACAAGGGUGUCCUGCUGAUAUUUGGGCAUUGGGAUGUACUAUUAUUGAAAUGGCCACUGGUGGAUCACCAUGGACUAAUGUGACCAACCCAGCUUCAUUACUUUACCAAAUUGCAUUUUGUGGGCAAUCCCCUGAAAUUCCAGAGUUGCUGUCUUUACAAGCAAAGGAUUUCUUAAGCAAAUGUUUGAGAAGAGAUGCAAAAGAAAGAUGGACGGCUAAACAACUCCUCAAACAUCCGUUUCUUGAAGAAUCCAAUUCGAAUUCCACGAAAAAUCAAGAUUUUGUAACAAGCUCUCCAACAAGCAUUCUUGAUCAAGACAUUUGGAAUUCAGUGGAGGAAUCAGAAACCAUAAAUUCUACAAUACAAACAGUUAGCUCAAUGGAUUGUCCUUUUCAAAGGGUAAGAAAAUUGGGUGUGAAUUCAGGAAAACCAAACUGGUGUUGGGAUGAUGAUAUUUGGACCACAGUUAGAAAAACCAGUGAGCAAAAUGGAGGAGUUGAUGACAAGGUAGCUUGUGAGACAAAGACAGCUAUUUGUGAAAGUCACGAAAUGGUGCUGGAAAGCUGUUUUGGUAGUGCGGAGUUGGAAAUAAAUUGCUUAGAUAAUAUUUUUUGCUGUAAUAUAGGAGUAGUACAAAAGAGCUCUGUAAUUAGUAGUCUCACUUUUCCUAGGCAUUUGACAUAUUCAGUAAAUAAAAUUCAGUGUUCAUAAAUCAGUCCCUCUUUUUACCAUAUGUUUGGGGUUAA